AUGCGCGUGGAACUUGGCCGGGAACUCCAAGCCCGGUUGAGUGCUCUUAUCGCAGCAACUGCGACUCCGUCAAAGGAGGCAAUGGAUUCAGGCGAUGUUCAGACUCAGCAGCCGGUCGAGCCAGAGAAGGACAUGCCCGGCGUGCCGCAGGGAGUCGAGUCCGUGCCGAUCGCAGCAACUGCGACUUCGUCAAAGAAGGCAAUGGAUUCAGGCCUAGCAGAAGGCGACGUUCAGACUCAGCUGGCCGGUGCUUCGAGGCAGCUGGAAUCCCUGAGCCUCCCCAUUCCGCGGCGCCCGAGCUUCCACAGCUCCCACAGCAACCGAAGCCUUCGCAGCAACGCGCGGAGCGCAGACGGCGCAGACUCCCGGAGCAACGUUGCGACGGACCGCAGUCCAGGGCCAGGCAGCUCCGGCCUCUACAGCGGCUUCCAGAGUUUCGAGGAACUCCCGGCUCGAAAGCGGCGGAAGCGACAAAAGCCGGUGUCCUUCAUGAGGUGGCUCUUUUUCGGCAAGGGAACUGGCAAGGAGCAAGGUGCUUCGCUUGGGGGACGGCAAAGCGUAAAGCACUGA